AUUUGUUUUUGUCUUGUUUUUUUCAGCGGUGGCAACAGACGAAAGCUGAGUACAGCAAUUGCUUUGGUUGGAAAUCCACCAAUUAUAUUCCUGGUAAGCACCUUUGCACAGUAAAUUAAACUGUACAUCGUAUUGUGGUUCUUUUUUUGACUGUUCUGCCUUUGGAGGACAAAAGUGGUCCCUCGAGCCGGAUUAGAAUCCAUGAGCUGGCAGCUACGGAUAGCCAAAGCUUGAGUCUUUUAGGUCAGUCUAAAGAAAUGGAAAAAAUAAAAAACCUCUGCCCGUUUAGCUCAGUGGGAUAAGCGCCGAUCUACCAAGCGGGAGGUCGCAAGUUCAAACCCCAGCCGGACCACCAACCAUGCAGGGUCUUACAAAAAAAGACUAGGGAGAUCAUGCUGGCCUUAAUCUAAGACUUUAUCCUAGGUCAGAUGAUCGCUUUAUUUGGUGAUGACGUCAAUCGCACGUUACAGAACCCACAGUGCUGUUAAAAAAAGUAGGAGACCAGAGCUAGACCCCUGUGGUGUGGUCUGUCUGUUACGGGCCCGCGGUAAUUUGCUUCUCGCUGUUGUGGUUACCCUGCCAAGAAUUGGCGAAUCUAGUGAAAAAAGAAAAGAAUUUUGAGCAGGAGUCACGGGACAGAGUUUCAAGGCUUCCUCCCUGGACUCUGCUAAUGCCUGUCUGGAUCUUCGAAAAAAAGGAAAUUACCAUUUAAAACUAUGUAUGCCUUUUGUUGGUCUUGCCCCAGUGCGACGUUUGCAUCCCAGCAUGGCGGUUUUGUACCACGUGAAUGGCAAGCUGCAAGGGGCCUAUUUGAAACCACUAAGAUGCUUCAUUGUUUGUUUUGUAGGAUGAACCCACCACUGGUAUGGAUCCAGUUGCCCGACGCUUUCUCUGGGAUACAUUGACAGGUGUCUUGAAAGACGGACGCUCCAUCGUGCUAACGUCACACAGGUACACGCAUCAGGGACCUUAAAAUCCGACGACGGCGGGGGCAACGAGAACGUUAAGAGAGCAAUAGGUUAAGAUUAGCAAAACGACAGGGCAGUGCAUUUGGUUAAGCCAGACUGUUUAAGUGGCUUUUGUUCAAUACCAAGUGGACGCACUAUGCAACAGCAUUUCGCCAAUUUGCUUAUUUAGAAUAGAACGUAUUAGUGCGAUCGCAAUUUGUAGUGCUAAAAUAUAGUGAACCUCCCAUUUGCUGAAAAAAUUAACUUCAAAGCAAUAGACUGAAAUAUCCUCGCUAUUUUAGCGGUUUUCGCCUGGCAUGGCCAAGAGCGCUUGUUUGCAGGCUAAGAAUAGAAUAAUUACGUACCAGUGAGGCUGAGGCUUUAAAGAAUUUUUGUUUUGUUUUGUUAGUUUAUUUUUUGUUAUGCACAGACUCAAAUUUGUAGCCGAUGGUCUUAGCGGUUAAAAUGUUGACGUGGCUUUCUCUUUCAGCAUGGAAGAGUGCGAGGCUCUUUGUACAAGACUGGCGAUUAUGGUGAACGGACACUUCAAAUGUCUUGGCUCCACUCAGCAUCUUAAGAGCAGGUAAGGCAAGCUCGGGGCUUGAAAAUUCUUGAACUCCAGCACGUCCUUUGGGCAAGCAGCUCUCACAUUUUUUCCUGCCCGGGGCAACUACGUGCUUAGAGGAUAACUUUCCUGGACACUUGUCCAUCGGGCAAGUGAGCUUUAAAAUUUACUUGUCCAGGAAGAAAAUCUACUUGUAUUGUAUUGUAUUGUAUUUUAUUUUUACUCCAUCCUAUAGAUAAUACAUCAGUUGUACAAUAUGAAUUAGUACAAGGUUGUUUAAACUAUGUGUACAUAAUAGCAUGAAAAAAAUAAGAAUGGAGAAGGGAACAUUAUUGUAAAAUUAAUUAUGACCCUUUAGGAAGAUUGACUUUAUGCUGUUAUAGCUUUGUUGUUCUUAAAACACAAACACGCACGCACGCGCGCACACCUACACGCACACAAGUCAAUAUUGAGCAAGAUAAUGUUUUUAAGUGCCUUUUUGAACAGGAUUUUCGAUGAUUUAUUGCGAAUAGAAAGAGGAAGAUUGUUCCAAUAGUAUUUUCCAAUGACGGUAGGGCAAAACUUCUGGCUUCUUUCCUUUCUUUGACAUAUUCAAAUAAAAGACACUAACAGGAACUCUUACACGAAAAACUAAAUUAUUUAAACGCACAAAUAAGGCAAAAAAUAACACUAAACUAGCCAGCUUCAAAAGACGCGGCCAUCAUCAUCGCUGACCGCUGACCGCUGUAUCCCGAACCACCGGAAGAGACUUCUUUUUCGAGCCCUGCAAGCUCUGUACUGAGCCAUUCCUUUCCUGAGUACCGUUACCUCGAUGCACCGUGGUAGAAUGUUCUUACUACUGAUCGACAGAGCAAAUGAGUUUAAUUCGGUAUGUUGCAGUUUAAACACGUCCCAAACCCUUACGAUAUUUUUGCGUCAUGUUCAGUGAGCGUGAAUAGAAUGCCUUCGUUAUUAUACAAAGCUUUGUAACUACAUUGUAAGGAAUCUUUCGUAUAAAAUAAGCCUGUAGAUGGGGAGCUUUUGAUGUCUUAGUUUAUUCUUUCUCUCUUGUUCUUAAUUUCCCAUCGAGUUCAAACUCAGAUCGGCCGUUGCUCUUCUUGCUAAAAUCAUCCGUUAUUUUAUUCACCAGAUUUGGAAGAGGGUAUACAUUGAUGGUUAAGGUCGGUAACCACCAACCUACGGUCUCGCUCUCAGGCUCUGAAGGUAAAGUAAAAAUUAUACCUUUUUGGGAAACUGCCCACCUACCCCUCCCCUUAGCCAACAUUAACACUUACUUCUCACUUAGGGCAAAAGGUUGGCUUAGGGGAGGGGCAGGUGGGCAGUUUUCCAGAAAAGUAUAAUGAUCCCACUAAAUGAAUUGGUUGAUAAUGUUAACUGAUUUAACGAACUGAAAACUUCCUCAGUAUAGUAUCAGUGUGUAGAAACUUGUGGUUUCCCAAAGUAUUUUGUCCACACGUUUCCCGCUAGGGUCGCCUUAAAUCGUAGGUUAAUACAUUGAACUUCAAAAUUAACUGUGGAAACAUGUAGUGUAGGUAAUUCAGUGGUAACUAUUAACGGAGCCAAUGAAAGGAAAUCAAAGGCGCAGCCUUGAUCGUUAAGAACGUACGAGAAAGAUUCCAAAAUAACUUGCGCUAGAAUUUCUGACAUAGAGUCAGUGCGUGGAAUUUUGUGUUUUAGAAUUUUCUAAAAAAAAGUGUUGUCUUAAAAUCUAAUUUUAUGCGCUGUUGGGAGAAGCAGGGUAAAUAUAUCCUCUACAUGUCACAAUAUUGGCGACAAACGAUUGUUAUCUCCCCAUUUUGGUGGGAAAUUUAGUGUAGGUUUUUUUUGUCCUAGAGCAUGCACUUGCUCCUCUUUUCUAAUUCAGGUUCUUUUAGAAAUGUCUUCGGUUUGUUACUUCUAGUAAAUCGUGUUGAAGUUGUACCCGCCUUUCAAAGUCCCCAUGCUGUUCCUUCAAGCCAGCCCCAGGUCUUUGCCAAUCCAAGGGCUCAAUUGGACAACCCUGAUUCCGCCGCGGCAAUAGAUGCUGUGAACAGAGUCAUGCAGUUUGUUUCCAGUGCCUUUGGCGGAGCAACUCUUAUGGACAGUCACAGU